AUGGCCGACGAAGACAAACAGCCACGCAACAGGAAAGAGCGUCGCGCCGCCGCAAAAGAAUCUGGCAAACAUCCUUCAGCAGCAACCAUCAAUGCCGCUGGAAACAUCCCAAUGGCUCAACCCGACAGAUCUGGUCCAAAAGGAAAAACACUUCUAGAUAUCGCCGACGAGCGAACUGCUGCACUUCAAGGCAUGAUGGCUUCCGGCCAACCUUUCGAAAAAUCCCUCGGUGAUGGUUUAGCCCGAGAUGAGAAUGGACGAGUGUUGUUACCAGCCAAAGACAGCAACGACGACGAUGUCAUUAUGGGACCUGGUGUAGAAGCUUUCUUCUUGUCCACAAGUCUGGCCAUGGUUCAUUUCACUCUGGAUGUAUUGGUGUUCAAUCAGUAUGCGCAAGAGAUCAGCUGGCCUGCCAUCAUCCAGCGCACCAUCAUCGCAUACCCAAUCCUGUUUCUCAUCGUCUACAUGAUGAAACUUGAGAUGGCGAAUCGCUUCCAAACACUGAGACAGUUGUUCUGUCUGGCUGUCGCCAUUGCUUCAGGCUGUUAUAUGAUCUAUGCUGGCAACACGUACGACUAUUUUGCAGUCAUGAAACAGGCGCCUCCAUUGGGUACAUUAUGGAUCUGGAGUGUUAUCGAGAUGAAACUGGGAUAUGCUCUUGUGAGUAUUGUGGUAGAUGUUGGCUUCUUGUUCUGGAAUGGUUACACUGUAUUUUGA